UUACAAAAUCUUAAACACAUUGCUAUCUAUAUAUUUUAGGAUCUCUAUCUCUCUCUUUCUCUCCAUGGAAGCUCAACACCUUCAUGCCAAGCCUCAUGCUGAAGGAGAAUGGUCCACAGGCUUCUGUGAUUGCUUCUCUGACUGCAAAAACUGUUGUAUCACAUGUUUGUGUCCAUGUAUCACAUUUGGCCAAGUCGCUGAUAUUGUAGACCGAGGAACCACCUCAUGUGGUGCUGCUGGAGCACUAUACACGUUGAUAGCCGUAAUAACUGGUUGUGGAAGUAUCUACUCGUGUUUCUAUCGUGGAAAGAUGAGAGCUCAAUACAAUAUUAGAGGUGAUGGUUGUACUGAUUGCCUUAAACAUUUCUGCUGUGAGCUUUGUGCUUUGACCCAAGAAUACCGUGAACUCAAGCACCGCGGUUUCGAUAUGAGUCUUGGAUGGGCGGGGAAUGUAGAGAGGCAACAGAACCAAGGAGGUGUGGCGAUGGGUGUUCCAGCUUUCCAAGGUGGUAUGAAACGCUAAGAUUUGUUUCUUAAUGUAAUUCAUUUGUCAUCUAUGUUUUAUGUAAUAAAACGAGGUUUAGGCCUUUGUUUGUGUUGUAUGAUAUGUUAUUAUGCUUGUUGUGAAAGUUUGAACAUGAAUGUUUCUUCAAUGUAUAUUCCACUAUACAGUUAAAAGAAUUUAACU